AUGUUCGGAGACUACAACGAGUAUGACUGGGAAGACUACGACGAACACCAGCCGGGUGAAGAUCCUUUCGGUGCCGGCGACGAGAACAUCGAGCCAGAACUAUCGGACGACGCAGACGACGACACAGACGACGAAGAUGCCGCCAACUUCGAUGCUGAAGGGUUAUGGGAGCGUAUGCCAUCCUCAGCAGCAAGCGAUUCGUCCUCUAGCACUGACGGCAACGGUGAAGCGGGCGACAAAACUCCUGACUCAGAGGAUCUUGAUGCCCAUAUACGUCGUCGCGAAGAGCGCUGGAAGAAGCAACGUGUGCAAGACGCUCUGCGCGCAACCACCCACGUCGUGCACUUUCCGGACGCGCUUGCCGGGUCACCUGUCCAUCUUCAACCAGAACAGACGACCUACCAGGAGACCCGCAGCGCCGUUCAAGCUGGCGAGAACUUGAACAAUCUGUACGCGCCUUUUCUUUCUUUUAUCGACUGCGCGGUGGCCAUGUGGGCGAAAAUGCGUGGACCGGGCUCUACAGCGGUCACGGAUCUGCUUGAGAUUGAAGGGCUGGCUUCUCGUCUCGGGCUCUCCUUCAAGAACUCGCGGGAGCUGAACAAGAUCAUUGACACGAAGCUUUCAUCGCCACGUCCUCGUUUCAAGCGCCAAGAGAUACUCAUUGCUGGUGAAGUUUUUGAGGUCUUCUUCCGCGACGUUAUCGAGUGUAUUCGGGCGCUCUAUGGCGACCCGGAGUUCACUGGACUGCUAGUAUUCAAGCCGGAGAAGCACUACGCCGACCCAGACCAUAACAUCCGAGUAUACUUCGACAUGCACACUGGGAAGUGGUGGUGGGAGACCCAGAAGGCUCUCGAUCGAAUCAAACCGGGGGGCACAAUCAUUCCGAUCAUCAUCUCGUCCGACAAGACGCAGCUUACCGUCUUCGGCAACAAAACCGCCUAUCCUGUGUAUCUCACCAUCGGCAACCUCCCCAAGGAUAUCCGCCGCAAGCCUUCACGCCGUGGACAGAUUCUGCUCGCAUAUCUCCCCACAACCAAACUCGAGCAUGUGUCUGUCAAGGCCGCCCGCAGUCGCAUCCAAGCGAACCUCUAUCAUGCAUGCCUCGGACAGAUAUUGAAACCGCUUCGAAAGGCUGGUAUACACGGGAUCAAUAUGGCGAGCGGCGACGGCAUCCUCCGACGAAACCAUCCCAUACUCGCCAUCCACGUCGGGGAUUACCCAGAGCAGCUACUCACAACGUGCUGCAAGUCAGGGGAGUGCCCUCAAUGUGACAUCGACCGCGACGAGGUCGGAGCCACAACAGAUCCCGACCGGCCCCGUCGCGACAUCGAUUUGGUUAUGGACGCGCUUUCCGUCGCCACGUCUGGAACGUCGAGGGAGUUCGUCAAUGCCUGUGCUGAUGCGCGGAUCAAGCCGGUCGCUUUUCCCUACUGGCAGCACCUCCCUUUCGUCAACAUCUUUCGUUCUGUUACGCCGGACAUCCUGCACCAGCUACAUCAAGGGGUCGUCAAGCAUGUCAUCUCGUGGCUCAAGGCCGCCUACGGUGCUGAAGAGAUCGACGCUCGGUGCCGUCGAAUGCCUCCAAAUCAUCAAAUCCGCGUCUUCAUGAACGGCAUCACACGUCUACAACGCGUGACGGGGAAGGAACACGCCGCAAUCUGUCGCUUCCUCCUGGGACUUAUCGUCGAUCUUCCGCUCAGGGAUGGGUUCUCUCCGGUUCGACUUGUACGCGCCGUCCGAUCUAUCCUCGACUUCCUCUACUUGGCUCAGUAUCCGUCGCACACGUCAGACAGUCUUGAUCUUCUCAAGGCUGCACUGCGUAGCUUCCACGACGACAAGGACAUUUUCAUCGCUCUCGGUAUCCGGAUCCACUUCAAGAUACCGAAGCUCCACUCCCUCGAUCAUUAUCCCUCCUCCAUCACUCUCUUCGGCACAACGGACAACUACGAUACACAGUACACAGAAAGACUGCAUAUUGAACUCACCAAGGACGCUUUCCGGGCCACGAAUCGCAAGGACGUCUUUUCGCAGAUGACGCUCUGGCUUGAGCGCCGCGAGAAGAUGCAGCGACAUGCCGCCUUUGUUGCGUGGCGUCUCGACGUCGAAGCCCCAGGUUCUGACGACUCCUCAUUAAGGUCAUCAUCGCCUCUACCCCGACCUACUCCUGUAACACAGAGCUCAGCCCGCAUUCAUCUUCCGAAGUGGCCGAGCGUACGCCGGGUGUCACUUCGAACAUGUCACGACGUCUACGGCACCCCUUUUCUCCGCGACGCUCUUGCAAGGUUUAUUGUAUCAUUCCGCGAUUCGACACUCACCUCCGCGCAAAUCGAGCGGCACGCCGUGGGGCUGUUCCUCCCUUUCAACGCAGUACCGGCGUUCCACAAGAUCAAGUUUCACUUGCCAAGUACACAACAGAUGGGUAUUAUGGAUGAGAUGCAGGACGUCGCGCACGCACGUCCUCAGCGCACCGAUAGGCGAGGGAGGGUCGUACCGGCUAGGUUCGAUACUGUGCUGGUGAAGGAGGAUGAUAGUGAUAACAAGCAGGGCAUUCACAAGUACCGCAUCGGCCGUGUUCGCCUGGUUUUCACUAUCCCGAAGGCCGCUCAUGCAUUCCUCUUUCCUCGACUUGUGCCUCCACAGCACCUCGCCUAUGUAGAGUGGUUCACGGCUUUCACAGAGCCAGACCCAGUGCAUGGUAUGUACAAGGUCUCGCGCUGUCGAAACGUCAAUGGCGAUCGUCUCGCAAGCGUUAUUCCCGUCACAGAUAUCUAUCGCAGCUGUCAUCUACUUCCUGUAUUCGGUGCAGUCGCACGUCGCGCUUGGACGAGUAGCACCGUUCUGGAUACCUGCGAGUUGUUCUACUUCAACCCCUUCAGUGAUCUUCUCAUGUACAUGACAUGUAUCUAG